AAAAAAGGCAGGUCCACGGUUCAUAAAGUCUCACCGAUUUUAUGACAAACUUUUCGAGCCUCUAUCAUUUUUUCACGUAAGCUACCGACACACUGGGCCAGAGCACAGCGGAUACAUGAGGAACAUCAAACGAAUAAGGCACAAGACACCUUGAACAUCUUGCUACAUUUCUUCUGCCAUUUUUAAUUUGGGCACAACAUUGAAUACUUUUCUUUUGUCUUUAAGGGGUCCUUUUGAGCCGCAGCCCUGCAUUCCAAAAAGGAAGACGAGUACUUCGCCAUGAGCUCCGACGGGGACGGUGACAUGGAGAAUCAGGCUGAGCUGGAAGAAAAGACCAGGCUUAUAAACCAGGUGUUGGAGCUUCAGCACACUCUAGAAGACUUGUCAUCCCGCGUGGACGCGGUGAAGGAAGAGAACCUGAAGCUGAAGUCAGAGAACCAGGUUCUGGGUCAGUACAUCGAGAACCUCAUGUCUGCCUCAAGCGUGUUUCAGACCACGGACACCAAGAGCAAACGAAAGUAGGGGGGCCAGGCUGGAGCCCCUUCACUAUUAAUCCCAAGCCUUUGUCCCCAUGACAACCCUAGAACCCCCCCCCCCCCCUCACUUUGCUAACUUUUCCGAUUUCUACAGUGACAGAUCAGAUGUCAAAGGUUUACACCAGGUCUUUUUUAUUAUGUAUUUAUGUUACAGUGUUGAUGUCUUUGGACACAGUUGUAUCCAAUGUUUUUUUUUUGAUGGAUAAAGUUAUUUGUCAAAACUUGUAACCUCAACCUGGCUGAAGAGACAAGUGAACAGUGUCAUUUAAAAUUGUAUUUAUAUUUUUAACUGCAUUUUUGUCAUAUUUUAAUAUUGUCCGUAAUUCAUAUUACACUAUGCUUUUAAUAUCGAGGCUCAGUUGCAAUGAUGAUGAUUUCUCCCCACUGCCAACGUUUCCAUCGAAUGCAAAAGUUGUUAAAACACAGUUAAUCCAUUGUCUUUGUGAGAUCAGCUGUCGUUGAAUGAACCGUUUGGGGCUUGCUUGUGUGCAUCAAGGGUGGAGAAAGUACAUUUCGCGUGUGAGCCAGUUGAAGUCACUUUAAACCUGCUGUGCAUGUGGUCUCUGAAGUCAAUACAGCUGUUCUGUUGCUGUUCUUUUUCAAACGCAUUUGUUUUAAUAAAAUGUUUUCAUUUGCCUUUUU